GGAUCCCCGCUACCUGUAAAGCACUUUGAGUGGAGUGCCCAGAGAAGCGCUGCUGAAGAUGAUGAUUGUUAUCAUCAUCAUCGUCAUCAUCACCCCUUCACCAGAGUAUCUCUCUGGGAAACGCUGCAAUAAUGCAUACUUUGCAAAAGUAGUGUGGAGCCUUGUGAAAGCCUCAGUAUGUCAUUUCACUUUCUUGGACUCCUAACUCCAAGACAGUACUGACAGCGCAGAGGAGAGAACUAACAGGGUAUACGUUUCAGUAAUCCAAGGCGAUUGAUAUUCCCACAAAACACUGUCUGAGUUUGCAGUAACAUCAUACAGUGGCAUUACUUUGUAAAUAAAUGGCCAAUGCCUAGAAAUGAGUAAAGGUAAAAAUGCAAUGAAAAUUUUAAGGUAAGAAUGUAUUUAUAAAUGUGGGGUACAAUGUCGUCUUUGUAAGCACUUUAUGUCCCAUGCACACCACCUGGGAAAAGAUAUCGCAGUGUAUGGGCCAGCUCCACCAGACUCUGUAACAGCUUCUUCCUGCAGACUCUCAGGCUCCUCAACACCCUGGAAUCUACUUGCACCCACCCCAGCUCCAGAAACAGGGUUUAAAUCCCCCCAGUGUGUUGUGUAUAAUGUAUUACGUAUUGCCUUGUCAUUUGCACUAUCUGCACUUUGUACUAUGUGUAUCCUGUCUAUGUCAGUGUCCUGUCUGUCCUGCCUGUAUUUGUUCCGUGGACCAGGAGGAAUUGUAUUUCGUUCCAUUGCAUACUUGUACUGUAUAUGUCUGGAAUGAGAAUAAAUCCCUCACUAUACAACUUGAGGUCAGCCAGCUCAUUAGCUGCCUGUACCUGAGAGGGUGCCCCCCGCACAGCCUCCUCAACCUCGGGCUGAGUGAGCCUGGCGCAUCCAGGGCACAGAGCUGAGCUCCACCCACACAUCGACGGCUUCCCUCGUUUGCAUAUCCCAUGACACUCCAGGCCUGUGCGAAUCGCUUCCUGGUGGCGCUAUGGCCGUGGCAGCCAAUCAGCUCCUCCCAUGCAAACGAGGGAGCAGCAGCUUCGGCGGGGCUGCUGCUCUCCCUGCAGACGCCUCCCCUCCCUCCCUGCCUUUUUUCUGCCUCCGUGAGGCUGUUGUUAUGGUAACCGACCGAGGCUGUGGCUGUCCAGCCUGCAUUUUACUACAAUACGGUACAGAGGACCCCACCCUCUCUCGGCCUCCUCUCGAGGACAUCAUAGAGCAAACGAAUUGCUAGGAAGAAGCUGCCAACCUUGGAGGGGGAGGGGGGGAGCUGGCUGGAGUGUGGGCAGACGUGUUGGGCACAAUAGAGUGAGGAGGAUAGCCAUGCUAGUGCUCAGCCCUGAUGCUGAGUCACAGAUAGGUAUCCCAAAAUUCCCUUCUUUUGAGCCUCCUUCAGGAACCAUGGAGGAGAUAGAGCACACAUGUCCCCAGCCGCGGACGACGCUGAGGGAGCCCGCUGCGUUCGCGGACGAAACCAGCUGUCAAUGCAGAGCUCCUCACGAGAGGCUCACCGUUGCUCAGGCGCAUCUGGGCACACCAGUGGACAGGCCAGUGAGGGUGUACGCUGAUGGGAUAUUUGACCUCUUCCACUCCGGCCACGCCCGCGCUCUCAUGCAGGCCAAGAACCUUUUCCCUAACGGAUACCUGAUAGUGGGAGUGUGCAGCGACGAGCUGACGCACAAGUACAAGGGCUUCACGGUGAUGACGGAGGAGGAGAGGUACGAGGCCUUGAGGCACUGCCGCUACGUCGACGAGGUCAUCAGGGACGCCCCCUGGACGCUCACCCCCGAGUUCCUCGAACAGCACAAGAUUGACUUUGUUGCUCAUGACGAUAUUCCAUAUUCUUCUGCUGGUUCAGAAGAUGUGUAUAAGCACAUAAAGGAGGCAGGCAUGUUCGUCCCCACUCAGAGAACAGAGGGCAUCUCCACAUCUGACAUCAUCACUCGAAUCGUGCGCGACUAUGACGUGUACGCCAGACGCAAUCUGCAGAGAGGCUACACGGCGAAGGAGCUGAACGUGAGCUUCAUCAACGAGAAGAAGUACCGCCUGCAGAACCAGGUGGACAGAAUGAAGGAGAAGGUCAAGAACGUGGAGGAGAAGUCAAAGCACUUUGUGAACAAAGUAGAGGAGAAAAGCCAUGAUCUCAUCCAGAAGUGGGAAGAGAAAUCCAGAGAGUUUAUCGGCAGCUUUCUGGAGCUCUUUGGCCCCGAUGGAGCCUGGAAGCAGAUGUUCCAGGAGCGCAGCGGGCGGAUGCUGCAGGCGCUGUCUCCGCGCCAGUCCCCCACGGGCAGCCCCACGCGAGAGCGCUCGCCCUCCCCCACCUCGCGCUGGGCCUUCAAGACCUCCCCCCCGGCCUCCCCGCAUGGCGCCUCUGCCUCCGUCAGCAGCAUGAGCGAGGGGGACGAGGACGAGAAGUAGGGACCGCCUGCCACCCCGGGACGCAGUACUGCUACUGUCAGACAGGGCGGCGCCCUGUGUCGGUCCUUCCACAGCGGCAGGCCGUGCUGUGAGUCGCCCCCGGAUAAACACAUUACAGGGAGAUGUGGACAUCGCACAUUGAAAGGAAAGCUUAGCCUCAUGGGUACCAAUGAGAAAAUGUAUUUAAAAGUACUCACAUGUAUUCUGACUUGAAACACUUCAUUCUGCCUGUCAAUUUAAUUACUAUUAAUCUUGAACCUAGAACUAACUAGAGAAUAGCAGGUAAGUGUUUUUAAAUUCACAACAGAAGUGUCGAAGAUCCCUUGACCACUCAGGACCGGCUUACUUGCCAAAGACUGGUGUGAUGAUACUUGACCUGAAUGUUAACCUUCGGUUUUGAACGAACUGGUACUUGAGCCGUUGAAGAUAAGCUGGUUUUUGGACACACUUUGCAAAAAUUGACAUGUGCAUUGAAAAAAAGUCCCUCGUUGCUUUUUUGUUUCAAGUCAUCAGUAGAAAAUGUAAAAAAAAAUCUAUAUCCUAAUGAUCUUCAGAUUGACACUGGGUUCCUGCCUACGCAGAUAUCGAUGUAUUUAAAAAAACGGAGGAUUGAAUUUACUCGCCAGGAGUGGAGCCUGGGGACUCUGUACUCAAGGUCUCAAGAGCCAGUCACCAACAAUCAUGGACUUUCUGACAAUGCAGGAGCUCCUGAUGGAAUCACAGCAAUUCAAUACAAUUAUUGUGUCAAGCAGAAGGUUACUUGAGAAUUCUAGAAAAUGCUUUUAAAGCUGUGUAACCGCUAUAAUGUAACAUAAAGAGAAAGCUCAUAGGGGGAUGAAUUUUCUCUGUAAAUCUGAUUUCUCGUGUUUUUUUGUGCAAAGUUUGCACGUUUUGUUUGAACAAAUUCAUUUAACUUAAUGUAACAAGCAGUGGUGCUCAACUCCAGUCAAAAGAGCAGGUUUGCAGAUUAUUAGUUCAUCAUGACUGAGAGGAAAACUGCUCCAGCUGAACAAGUACUCCUGCUUACCUGCCACAGUGUGUCUCCUCUGACCAGGACAGGUGUCCGACGUCUGUUAAAUGUGUAAUGUUACUGUAACGAUUAGUAGUAAUGACUGCAUAAAUAAAAAAAAAAAAGCAAACCAAAUUCAAAUCAAAAACUUUUUUUUUUUACCACGGCACAUUAAUGACACUAUGGUGUCUUUACUUCCAGUGGUUUAAUGCUUUCGGUGCUGUUGAGUGUCGAGUGAAAAUGUGACCCUGUUUUCUUUGAUCUUCUAUCAUGUUCAGUGUCUCUGUGCAUCAUGCACGGAUGUUUAGAGAUCACGACUGCUGGAGGUCUUUCUAAGAGUGUGCAAGGGUGAAUCCUGAUCAAACCCCCGUAUCGGAGCCCUGUGUUUUAAGGUUAAUUGGUCACAAUGUUCCAUUACUCCAGCACAUUCUUCCACCAGCUAACUGGACCUACUGGGGCAGGAUAUGGUCUGGGGUCACUCUACUUCCAAAAACUGGCCCUGCAGCACUGGAGCUGUCCACCACGAGCCUACCUAUUCAAGAAUAUCUAAUAGGUGUUCACGUUAGGCCUUGAUCCUUUCCACACGGAGUGCAGAGUGGGGUUUUCACGACAACAAAAAAAGUCAAGGGCAAAAAAAAACAUCUUUUUGCCUCAAGAGUCCAUACAUUUUGAUGCGCUCUGUACAAAGUCGAUGUAUUGAAUGUUCUGGAAGAAAUGUUUCAAAUUAGAUUUUUUUUAUAAUUACAAAAAAAUGGAUUAAUAUGUAACAAAUAAAGGGUACAAGACAAGA